UAUUGAAUUCAUAUUGCAUUAUAUGCGUAUAGAAGUUACGUUUGAGUAUCUAAAGACCCACCAUGCCCCAUCAUGUGAGAAAGAUACAUCAGCUCUAGUGCGAAGGCUAGGUAGCUCCUGUAUAUUAUAUUCUAUCAUCCGUCCGAAUUACAGCGCCUUCUAAACCUUUUUAUGCUAUCUUCGGCUCCACUCACCCUAAAAAGUUUCCCGAUUCGCAUGCAGCCAUUGACUUCUCGCCUCUUCCUUUUCCUCUUCUUCGCGACAAACCCCAAACACCGUGUUCGCCAGUCCCCGUCCCAUAGUUACAGAUCGUUUCGAGUAGCUGUGUCGACCAUCCUCUUCUCCUUCUUCAUAAACCAAUUAAUAGUAGAAGGCGAUAACAAUCCAUCCCCAUAUCAAUCUGGUGAUAUCAUCCAAAGUUAUUUACCACUUUCUUGAGUGGGGCCGGGGAGACAGAGGAAACAUGAGCUUUGCCUCGUGUACAUGGCCGAUAUGGCGGGUAGAUGACUUCACAACAUGUUUUCAAUCCGAUUAUCUACAGAUUCUUUUCCCGCUUAUAUUAAUUUCUCUCUCUCUCCUUCAUCUUUUAGUACAGACCAUCUACCGUAAUGUCAAAUUAAAACGAGCGCACGGCUACAACCAGAUACCUGACCAUCAGGUCCAUACCGAUGUGCCGCCGGAAGAAGAAGACUCCUUAAGCACCGAUGACGAUGAAGCAUUGGCCAUCAACACAAAUGGCGGUGGCCGCCUUGCCUUGGUCAAGACUACUUCCAAAGGCUCUAUCGUCCAAGCCGAUACUCCGCCCGCUCAGCAUCUUGUAGUGAUUAUCGAAGAAGUCGCAAUAUGCGGACUGGUGGCUGUCAAUAUUACCGCUCUUGUUACCAAUUCCUUCACCGGCCAUGGGAAAUUGGCUGCCAUCGUGGGUUUGGUUACUUGGAUUUAUGUUCUGGUUCUCGCGACGCUCCGGUUGUUUUUAGGAAACACCAAGUGGCGAGUCCCGCGACUGUGGAAUCAUACUGCUUUCAUAUACGGAUUCCAAUGGCUCUUCACCCUCGUCAUAUUCCGCUCCGUCAUAAUUCAUCCCAGCUCCAGACUUGAACAGGCCCUAAUUAUUGUUGAGUUUAGUCUAUUAACUCUGCUGUUUGGCAUGGCUUUGAACACUAGAAAGGGUAAUAAGACGGUUGUCCUGGAGUGGGAAGGGAAUCUCGAGCCAUCGCGCGAACCUUUGGCUUCCGUGCUAUCUCUGGUAACUUUUUCUUGGAUCGACUCAAUGUUGUGGCAAGGGUACAAGGAGCCUCUCGAGAUUAAACACGUAUGGAACCUCUUAGCCCGUGAUAAAGCUGCUAUGGUCCUUGCCAACUAUCGCCAAGUCAAGAAGACAACUUCUCUCGCGCUACAUUUGCUCAAGUAUUUCAAGGGUCUAGUUAUUCUUCAGUGUGCCUGGGCCACGCUCGGCGGAAUACUUACAUUUGCCCCGACUCUCCUUCUCAAAGCUAUCCUUGAGUACGUGGAACAGCCAACGAUCGCCCCGAGAAAUGUUCUUUGGCUUUACGUUAUUCUACUUCCCGUGUCAGACCUUGUUCGUUCCAUCGCCGAUAACCAAGCCCUAUGGAUUGGGCGAAAGAUUUGCAUCCGAAUCCGUGCUAUCAUUAUUGGAGAGAUCUACGCCAAGGCACUCCGGCGCAAGGCGGCAAGCGGCACAGAUACUGUUCUGGGCGGUAAUGAUGCGAGCAGUUCUAAGGAGACCAGAAUAGAGCGACUAAAACGAUUCUUGAGAUUAAAUAAGAAGGCAGAUAAAAAGACCAAUGCUCAGAAUGAUGACGUUGCUAAGAAGGAUGGGUCUAAAGAUACAGAUGAGCAAGCCAAUCUGGGAACCAUCAUCAACCUCAUGUCAGUUGACAGUUUCAAGAUCUCCGAGUGCACUUCGUACCUGCACUUCUUGCUAGCCUCUGCCCCCUCGCAGCUCAUUGUGUCUGUUGCCCUUCUUUACCAAGUUAUGGGGUUGAGUGCAAUUCCCGGUCUUGUCGUUAUGGUGUUUCUCUUGCCGAUCAAUAUCUUAUUAGCCAAAGGCUUCAAUUUGACCCAACGUGAGAUUAUGGCUGCGACGGAUAAGCGAAUACACACUACUAAUGAAAUCCUCCAAAACAUUCGGAUUAUCAAAUUCUUUGCGUGGGAGAAACGUUUUAGUGACGUCGUGGAUGAGAAGCGGCGCAACGAACUGAGAGCCCUGCGAAACCGUUACAUGAUCUGGGCCCUUGCUGUGGCUAUUUGGAACACGGUACCGGUUCUCAUUACGUUCUUCUCAUUCUUAGUCUAUACGAAAGUCGAACGAAAGCCAUUAUAUCCUUCCAUUGCAUUUACCGCGAUAUCACUCUUUAUGCUCCUUCGAGUGCCUCUAGACCAGCUUGGCGACAUGAUUGCUCAUGUUCAAGAAGCCAAGGUUUCAGUUGAUCGAGUCGACGAGUUCCUAAACGAAGAGGAGACAGAUAAAUAUAAGCAGCUGGGACCAGACAAUGUUGACGAGAAUGGCAACAGAGUCGUUGGUUUCCGAAAUGCCACAUUCAUAUGGGGUGGCAAGGACGCAGUUGCAUCAGACGGCUCGAGGGCAUUCCGUCUUCUUGAUCUUGAUAUUAAUUUUAGAAUUGGCAAGCUCAACAUUGUUGCUGGCCCUACAGGAUCAGGGAAGACCUCACUGCUCAUGGCUCUGCUCGGCGAAAUGACUAUAACGAAUGGGAGAGUCUUUCUACCUGGUGGCCGCAGUCGCGAGGACGUUCGACCGGACCCGGCAACGGGCUUGACUGAAACUUGUGCUUACGUUGCGCAGACUGCUUGGCUAGUAAACGCGAACAUCAAGGAGAACAUCCUAUUCUCAGCCCCGUACGACGAGAAGCGGUACAAAGACGUCUUGGUAGCCUGCGCUUUGGAACGAGACCUUGAAAUCCUGGACAACGGCGACGAGACCUUGGUUGGGGAGAACGGUAUAACACUUUCUGGAGGUCAGAAACAACGAAUUUCCCUGGCUCGCGCUGUAUAUUCGAAUUCGCGACAUGUCCUGCUGGAUGAUUGUUUAAGCGCUGUUGAUUCUCAUACCGCGAAAUGGAUUUUCACCAAGUGUAUCAAGGGCGAGCUAAUGAAGGAUCGCACCUGUAUCCUCGUCACGCAUAAUACAACUCUAUGUGUGCCCCAGUCUGAGUAUGUUGUUUUACUCGACAACGGCAGAGUGGAUGCACAAGGACCAGCGGAGGAAGUGAUCGCUUCCGGGAAGCUUGGUGAAGAGAUCCGGAAUAAGUCUCGCCCAGGUUCAGCCGACGCUUCACGUGUCCCUUCUAGGGUGCCAUCAAGCGUAGGCGAUGAGAGCGACCAGACACUAAUUAACCAUAGCGGAAACGAAGCAGCGAGCGCGAGUUCCAACACCAGGCAAGAGAAGUCUCAACGAAACGCUAUGCAGGAGACAAAGGCUACGGGCGCUGUCGAGUGGGCAGUCAUCAGCCUUUAUCUCCGAGCAAUGGGCACCUGGUGGUUCUGGGCCAUAGCUGUUGUGGUAUUUAGUAGCCAACAGCUUAGCGGUGUCGCCUCCAACCUAUGGAUUAGAGAAUGGGCCAACCAGUAUACCGCAAGCCUCGGAACCGUAUCCUUGUCUGGAAUACAGCCUAGCAUGUCUCCGCCGCCUUCUUCCGGUUCUUUUCCAUUACCUGCUUAUUUCUCCACCGCUACCAACUUCGUUAAGCAUGCAUCCUUCUCCAUCACGCCCGCAAGCUAUUCGUCCGGGGAUGUACCAGAAGUUAAUGUUGACUACUAUCUCGGUAUACUCGCAUUAAUAGGAAUUGCGGGCGCAAUACUAGCAUUGAUCCGCGAUAUCUGGCUCUUCUUCGGGUCGCUCACCGCAUCCUGGAAGCUUCACAAGAGGCUUAUGUCUGCGGUGUCUAGGGCGAAGUUUAAGUUUUUCGACGUCACGCCCCUAGGCCAGCUGAUGAACAGGUUUAGCAAGGAUCUCGAGGCUAUCGACCAAGAGGUUGCCCCUGUCGCCAUCGGUGUUAUGACUUGUGCAGUUGCUAUCUUGAUUACUGUGGUAUUGAUAGCAGCCAUCACUCCCGGGUUUUUGGUCGCUGGUGUAUUCAUUACUGGUCUAUAUAUCCUAGUUGGUAUGUUCUAUCUUCGAGCUUCCAGGGAUCUGAAGAGGCUCGAGUCGGUGAACCGGAGCCCUCUCUUUCAGCAGUUUGGCGAAACCCUCUCGGGCGUCACUACAAUUCGUGCCUACGGUGAUGAACGCCGAUUUAUUCGGGAGAACCUGACCAGGAUCAACACGCAGUCCCGUCCCUUUAUUUACCUUUGGGCUGCUAACAGAUGGCUGGCAAUUCGGACGGACCUUUUGGGUGAUCUCGUGUCAUUUUUUGCUGGUGUUUUCGUUAUCCUCAGCCUAGGGAAGAUCGAUGCCGGCUCUGCCGGUGUAUCUCUAAGCUACGCUAUUGGGUUCUCUGAGAAUAUUCUCUGGCUUGUACGACUCUACGCCGCGAAUGAACAAAAUAUGAAUUCGGUCGAGCGUGUCAAAGAAUAUCUCGACGUGGAACAAGAAGCUCCGCUGGUUAUCGAAAAGAACCGUCCUCCCCAGAACUGGCCCGCGCACGGAGCAGUUGAAUUUAUUCGAUAUUCUACAAGAUAUCGUGAGGAGCUUGACCCGGUAUUAAAGGAUGUUACGUUCAAGAUCAAUCCUCGCGAAAAGGUUGGCAUCGUAGGAAGAACAGGCGCCGGAAAAAGUUCCCUGACUCUAGCAAUUUUCCGUGCCCUCGAAGCAGAGAGCGGCAAAAUACUUAUCGACGAUAUUGAUAUCAGUAUGAUUGGCCUUCAGGAUCUCCGAGGAGCUAUUACGAUUGUCCCCCAAGACCCGACUCUUUUCACCGGCACUAUCCGGACAAAUCUUGAUCCUUUCGAUCUUUACACUGACGAAGAAAUCUUCACGGCUCUCAGGAAAGUCCAGCUUAUUGGACCAAAUGAAGCUCUUCCAUCGUCGGCACAGAGCGAAGAAGCUGAAGAAUCCCAAGCUUUGAUUAGCCCCUCUUCGACAAAUGUAUCGAACAAGAACAUAUUCCUUGAUUUGUCUUCCCCAGUCGCGGAGUCUGGCUCGAAUUUGUCUCAGGGUCAGAGGCAGCUCUUAUGUCUUGCUCGCGCCAUGCUGAAGAAUCCGAAGGUAUUGGUGAUGGACGAGGCUACGGCGUCGAUCGACUACGCUACAGACUCCAAGAUCCAAGAGACCAUCCGCGACCUGAACACAACCAUCAUCACCAUCGCGCAUCGCCUCGCCACCAUCGUCGACUACGACAAGGUGCUGGUGCUGGACCACGGCGCCGUCGUGGAAUACGCCCAUCCCUACGAGCUUCUGCAGAAGGAGAACGGACACUUCAGGAGCAUGUGCGAGAUGAGCGGGGACAUGGACACGCUGGCCAAGGCGGCGAAGAAGGCCUGGGACGAUAAAAAGCUUGUGGAUGACGAGUAGGGAAAGGAGUCCGCAUCGCACAUAUAACAAACAAACAAACAUAACAUAACAUAAUCAGCCCAGAGCGAAUAAGGUUUUAGGGUUUUAAUCAGGGAAUUCAUGCCAUUAUUGGAUAACACCUUUUUUUGUGUGUGUUUGGAAUCACGGUGACUUAAGCCCCUCCGCUACAUUGGCGAAGCGAUCUACUAAGUUAGGUUAGGUACACUUGGGCGCGGCGUGGCAUGGCAUGGUAUGGCGUGUCUGUAUAGAGGUAUAUAGAUUAGAGACCGCCAGCAGCCGUAAUGUUUAUACGAAUUAAAGCCGUGUUUCUUUUGAGAAACGUACCUCUACACAUGUAGGUAUGUACCUAAUGUAUGUAAGCGGUAGUGGACGUCUGCGAUGAUUUUUCAUGUUUAUUCUUGCUGUUUCUUGCAGAUGAAUGAUUCUGGCCGUAGGUAGAUUGUAUAUGUACCUAAACUACUGAAAAUAUAAAUGAUGA